AUGUCAAAAGCUGAAUGCUCUCAAAAGCUAAACAGGGUGCCAAAAUGCCCAUCAAUGUUGAUUGAUGAUUAUGUAGAUCUUCACAAGUCAAAGGAAAUGGAUGCAACCAAGUCAAUCAAUGGUGAAAAACCGGGCAACAACGUUAACCGUAGCUCUAAUCAAAAUCAAUCAAAAAAAGGAACUCGACAAGAAAGUGUUCAAAAUCAGGCAAAAGUCAACGAAGAAGAUGCAAUCACAAAUAGAGAAGAAGAAAAAGAAACAUCCCAAAGAAAAACUCGUGGGAAAACAUUGUGCAAAAAGAUUCAUGCAAGAACUUUGGAAGAGCGAGUAGAAGUGACCUUUAAUGAGGAUUUUCAGCCAAUUGGUCCUAGUGAAAAAUUAGUAUCUGACUUGAGCCUCUUCUUGGGAACAUUGGCUAGGAACUCAACAUUUUGUCCUCUACGUUACACCAAUUGGUUAGGAAUGCCAGAUGAUAAUAAAAACCGUUUCUGGAGAUAUACUAAUCGGAAGUUUAUCUUGCCAGUUGAAGCACGAGAUUGGAUUGAGACCACUAUUAGAGAGGCAUGGAGAAGAUAUAAGCACAAAAUUAAGAAGAAUCAUUUUUUGAAUAAGGAAACUAUACAAGCAAUCAGUGAAAAUAACACUAGAAAUAGAGCUCAACUAAAGUGGAUGCAUCGAAUGGGUCCCAAAAACUUUGCUUUGACUCGUGAAAAAGUGCGUGAAAAGGAAAAAAGAGAGCCCACUCAAUCAGAAAUGUUUGUUGAAACUCGAAAAGGAAAUAAAGGAAAGGAACUGGAUGUAGAAACUGGAAAAGUAAUUUCCCAACUUCAAAAAAUGGUUGAAAAGGAGGAAAGUGAUACAGAAGCUUUUAAAGUUUUUUUUGGAAAGGAGUGUCCAGGCAGGGUACGCUGUUAUGGGAGAAACAUAACUAAAACUUCCUUAAAGAGAAAGGCAGAGAUUAAUGCUUUGAAACAAGCCCACAGUGAAGAGGUCUCUACAUUAAGGGAUGAGUUUCAAGAUAAGAUUGAUAGAUUGCAAAAUGCUUUUAAGACCGUAAUACAACAAUGCAAUCCUCAAAUUAAUAUAGAGUCAAUUGAAGAUUUGUUAGGAUUAUCUCAUGGAGAUGCUAAUAGUUCCCCAAAGGAUAUAAGACCGCAAAUGCAUUCAUCUACAUCAACUCAUGCUCCAUGUCAUGGAAAGCAAUGUAUCAAUGAAGAUGUUGAAAAGGACGAUAUAAAUGAUGAAAUUCAAGAGGACGACAUAAAUGAUAAAAUUCAAGAGGACGACCUAAAUGAUAAAAUACAAGAGGACGACGUAGAUGACGAAUUUCAAGAGGACGACAUAGAUCUAGAUGAUGAAUUUCAAGAGGAGGAUAUAGAUGGUGAAUUUCAAGAGGACGACAUAGAUGAAGAAUUUAUGGAGGAUGACAUAUCUAACGAAUUUCAAGAGGACGAUCUGGAUGCUUUACUCCUAGAAGACAAACUUGAAUGA